AUGGAUCUCAAUAAAUAUGCAGAUCGGUUGAAAAACCUAAAGCGUAAGGGCGUCAGCCUUUCUGUGAAGAACAAACAACAAAUAUUGCAAGAGGAGAAGCAGACGAGUGCCCGAGCGAAGCCUGCAGUAUAUAGUAUGAAAACCGAGGAGGCACCAAGCAGCGAAACGACCGAAGAGUCCAAAGAGGCGAAGCUGCUUCAGUACUCAAUGAAAGACUUCGAGCAAUGGCAAGACAAAGAAAGGAGAAAAUCUCAAAAGUCAUCCGAUGUAGCCAAAUAUCAAGACCUGGCCAAGUUCACGUAUGACAAAGAAGUUCAGCAGUUACGCAAAAACUACACAAACAAGGUUGAGAAGCCCAAAAAAGUCAGCAUAAAUAAGAAAGGGAAAAUUGUUGUCAAAGACGAUCCGCACCUUGUCGGAAGUCUGGCCGACUCGUUAAACAAAACAGCGAACGAACGCUAUGCUCGCAUAGAAAAGAAAAUACACAGACAGAUGGUGAGUGACACACCAGGUGGGUUCAUAAAUGAGAAGAACAAGCAGUUCAACGAUAAGAUUGAACGUCAAACGAAGAAGCGCGAGGAAAAUUAA